AUGGAACUUCGUCGUCUCAUCGCCAUCAAGACAUUCACUGCAGAUGAAGAUGGAAGUAAGAUCAUGCCGACGAAUAUGAUGGAUGAGCUCUGGGUCGCAGCAAUCAUUGACACCCAAAUAUACGCAAACCUUCGAACAGCUCUCGGCAUCAAGCUCCACCGCCGCUACGGCGUCAGCUCGCCAGAUACUGACCACGAACCUCGCACCCUACGCCUUUCGACAAUGAAAUCCCUGUACAAAAAUUUCUUUGGCUCCGAGCCUCUCAGUCCAGCAUAUCAACUGCGUCCACAAAUGUUUAUGAAUUAUCCGCAACCCGCCGUCAGUCCUCCAGAGUCCAUCACGUUUGAAAUCGGACUGUUGACUGGACGGACAUUCCCCUUGACUAUCGCUCGCAAAGCUACGGUUUUGCGCAUGAAGGAAGAGAUUACGAAAGGUAAGGGUAUUGCUAUUGAGAAGCAAAGAUUGAUAGCUCUGGGAAGGAAGUUGGUGGAGAGUUGGUAG